UCCUGACAACCUGUCACUGUUGCGAUAGCAAACAUCUUGUCUGACUGGUGUCCUGGUAACCACGAGGAUGGCCUGACCUUUGGAAUGUCAGCGCGGGUGUGUCUGGAGUGACUGACCAGGGGAGCGUCGUGGAGUGUGUUCCCACUGACACUGGGAAGCCACGGCGGUGCUACUGUGACUGUGGAAACUGACUGAUUCCACAGACCGCUGGGUUCUGAGGCUGUUGCUGGUGGUGUUCACUGAUCCACAGACCGCUGGGUUCUGAGGCUGUUGCUGGUGGUGUUCACUGAUCCACAGACCGCUGGGUUCUGAGGCUGUUGCUGGUGGUGUUCACUGAUCCACAGACCGCUGGGUUCUGAGGCUGUUGCUGGUGGUGUUCACUGAUUCCACAGACCGCUGGGUUCUGAGGCUGUUGCUGGUGGUGUUCACUGAUUCCACAGACCGCUGGGUUCUGAGGCUGUUGCUGGUGGUGUUCACUGAUCCACAGACCGCUGGGUUCUGAGGCUGUUGCUGGUGGUGUUCACUGAUCCACAGAGUGAGCUGGGAGCAGAGGAGAGAUGAGAUGAGAGUAAGGAAGCCUUCGCAGACUGAUUCAACCCAGCGUUUUCGACAACACUCCCACGUCUUCCUGACAGAACAGCCAAGUCCACAACCGAAUCACCUUUAAUAAAGACACGCAUUUAUCAUAAUGGGAGGUGUAUGGUGACCGUGACAGAAGGGCCAUGGCCAGCGAACCCCUCGAAGGCUUCCAUGAGGUCAACUUGGCAUCGCCUACCACCCCUGACCUCCAUGGCUUGACCUCUGACCCCAGAUCCAACCGCCACAGCACACCUCCCAGCGCCCUCUAUCGCACCCCCUCCCUCAGCUCGAGUCCCUGCCCCCCCAACGCUCUGAGAGCCGACCAGCUCCCCACCCAGCCUGUCUACUCAGCCCCCCGGCUGCUGGGCAAUGAAGAGCCCCACAAUGGAAGUGUGCCGGGGUUGGAGCCCCCCUCACGGUCAGAGGCGGAGUCGGCAGAGGGGGUCUUCCUGCCUGGAGAGGAAGGGGAGGAGUGUCCGGGUCUGACCAAUGACGGCCUGUCCCACCUCCGCAGCCCCUCUGUGAUGGAGGUCAGAGAGAAAGGUUAUGAGAGGCUGAAGGAGGAGCUGGUCAAAGCACAGCGGGAUCUUAAGUUAAAAGACGAAGAGUGUGAAAGGCUUUCUAAAAUCAGGGACCAACUGGGACAGGAGCUGGAGGAGCUGACUGCUAGCCUGUUUGAGGAAGCUCACAAGAUGGUCCGUGAGGCUAACAUCAAGCAGUCCACAGCAGAGAAGCAGCUGAAGGAAGCACACGGGAAGAUUGAUGUGCUCCAGGCGGAGGUGGCAGCCCUGAAGACUUUGGUCCUGUCCACGUCCCCCACCUCGCCCUGCCAUGACCUGCCCGGGGGCGCCAAGGCCGCCUUCAAGAAGGGGCACGGCCGAAACAAGAGCACCAGCAGUGCCAUGUUGGGCAGCGGGCAGGACCUUAGCGCCACACAGCCCAUCGUACGCGACUGCCGAGAGGUGGACAGCCAGCUGUUCAGUGAGUUUAAGGUAUGGAAGGAGGAUCCUAGUCUGGACAAGACCAGCUCCUUCCUGGAGAGAGUGUACAGGGAGGACAUCUACCCCUGCCUCACCUUCUCCAAGAGUGAGCUGGGGUCGGCCAUCUUGGAGGCUGUAGAGAGAAACACCCUCAGUGUGGAGCCGGUCGGCUUCCAGCCGCUGCCGGUCGUCAAGGCCUCAGCGGUGGAGUGUGGAGGACCAAAAAAGUGCGCCCUUAGUGGCCAGACCAAAACCUGCAAGCACAGAAUCAAGUUUGGUGAUUCCAGCAACUCUUUCUACGUGUCUCCUUUCUGCCGGUACAGGAUCACGUCUGUUUGCAACUUCUUCACCUAUAUUCGUUACAUAAACCAGGGACUGGUCAAGCAGCAGGACGCGGAACAAAUGUUCUGGGAGGUGAUGCAGCUGAGAAGAGAGAUGAGUUUUGCUAAGCUGGGCUACUACAAGGAAGAACUGUGACCAACCAAUCACGGUUCAGAACAGAGGGAGGCGUGUCUCAAUCUAAACCUAUCACUGGAGAGCUCUCCAAUCUGUCUACCCACCUUCCUCCCCAAAAGGACCGUCCCAAAUACUUCUCAUUGCUCACCCUCUUCCUCAGUCACAUCUCAUUUCAGGAGACUCCUCCCAUCCUCUCCUGUCUUCUGAUUGGUGUGUGAGGCUGGAGAUCUGAUUUUAGGAAACUCCUCCCAUCCUCUUCUGUCUUCUGAUAGGUGUGUUAGGCUGGAGAUCUCAUGUCAGGAGGCUCCUCCCAUCCUCUCCUGACUUCUGAUUGGUGUGUGAGGCUGAAAGGUUCCGAUCCGGCUAGCGUACAGCUUAGAAUGCAUGCUCAGUACACUGGCCAUGUUCCAAAGCUUAGAUAACGACCAGGGGAUGCGCAAACCGCCAGAAUGUUAAAUCAAUUUAUCAGUCGAUGACAAACCUUGGCUGUUGCGACGCCUCACCUCAGCUGUUGAAAGGAACCAGGGCCUUUUUCCCCCCUGAUGGCAUUAAAGAUGCUGUGUGUGGUGGACGCUGACUGACUGGUAGACUGGUCCAUGCGUGUAUGUGUGAGAGGGCGUAGUUAUUCAGAAUCCAGUGUGAUUCCUGCGGGGCUUAGAACAGGAGUGCUGACACCCAUUUCUAGCACGGAAUUUACAACGGAGCACGAGUGCUGUCAACGUGGGGACUGAGGGUCACAAAUGGCACCCUAAACCCCUAUGGGCCCUGAUCUAAAGUAGUGCACUACAUGGGGAAUAGGCUGCUGUUUGGGAUACAUGCCGGGGGUCUGCUUUCCUUUCCAUACAUGCAUCAGUGGUCAUCUUAUCCAUCUCCAACACACACACACACACAGAGGACAUAACCCACAAUGCUGUAUUUUAACUCGACUAGAUUCCAUUGCUGUGUGUCAGAAAUGUGGAAUGAGCUCUUCUGCGACUCUUUUCCUAUAUGAUGUCCAAUCUCUGAACGGUGCCUCUGUGGGAGUGGUUGAUGAUAAUCAUUUGUCAUUCUUUCCAAUUAAAGGACUUCUGGGUAUUCUGUACAUUUUGAAGGUAUGGGGGGGGAACAUAUCCAUGAAGAAGAGGGAACCCCCCACCCCAAAACCAACCGGUAGUUAGAAGUGUUUUGCCGUGUCGUGGUGUGUGUGCGAGUGUGUGGCGUGAGCUCUGUGUGUGUAUGUGUCAGUCUUCAGACUCUAGGUUUUAUUUCCCUCCGUUGAUCCCUCCGUCCCUCAGUCUGGCCUUCCAGCUCCAUCAAGCUUUCCUCACUUUAUUUUAGUGCCUUUCUGAAACACACUCAAUAAAAAAAAAAAAAGGUAUACCUCUGGAAUCG